UGUUCCGUAGGCGCAGCAAGCAAGCGAGCGGAAGAAGAAGUAGAAGCAAUAGCGGAAAGCGUACCAGGGGCAGAGCAAUCAACGAACGAAGCGGGCGAGAUAAAUCCGUGUCGGUUGUCCGUCCGUGCCCGUCCGCGGAGCAAUUCGCGGCAUAGUUUGGGUGUUGGCAGGCAAAGGUUAAGACACACAAGGGAGGGUGGAUUUGCAGCGACAAGCGAAGCCGAUCAUAGUGCCAUUGAAGAGCUGUCUUCACACGCUCUUACCCGUAGACGGCAAGCAAUGUGGAAAAAGCAAGCCUCCCUGUGUUGGCUCGUAAGUGUCUACGUCGUGUGUCAGCUGGUCGCAGCGAAGAAUAACCAAGUGCGGGAGGAAUACUUUAUUACCGGUAGCAACGGAACGCUGUCCUGUGCCACAUCGGAAAACCAGAACAUUGUGUGGCAAAAGAAUGGCGCAAACAUUUCAAACUCUCGAAUAUCGUUCCUUAUCGUGGAUAGCAGCGAGGCGGUACGAAAGUGGCCGUACUUUGUGCUCGAGGAUGAGGCAGACGAUGCAAAUGCGCAGAAACUGUUCUACACGCUGACGAUAAACAAUUUUACCAAAUCGGACGAAGGGAACUACACCUGCUACAACCUGGAAAAUGGUCUCAACGUGUCGUACUCCGUACGCACCGUAAUUUUACCAAAGAUCACCCAAACUAGCAAUGACAAAAUUAGGACUAAGACGACCAGCAUACAACAGUUGUACUGUGUGAUCGAGGCAUUCCCGCUGUCACACACCGUCUACUGGGUGAAGGAGGAUGCGUCGGGUGAAAACAGUAUGAAGGCGCUGGCCAACAAUUCAGCACAGCGGGAGAUCGACGAACGGCACAUGAAUGCAACCCUAACACUGCGCGAUCUCACAAAAGCCCACAACGGCACUUACUCGUGCGUGGUAAUGCCUUCGGCACAGAUGCAAGCCAACUAUGAGGUUAAGAAAUCGAUGGCCCUUUUGAUCCUGGACGUGCCACAGGUAACGAUCGAUUACGCAAAAGCAGUAGGUGCCAACAAGAUCUAUCUGAACUGGACGGUCAACGAUGGGAAUGAUCCGAUUAAGAACUACAUCGUGCGGUACUUGAAAACGGGUGAUCAGACGUUUACGUACUACCGUGAAAAGAUAGGGGGAAACAAUUCUUUCUACGUGCUGGACGGAUUCGAGCCCGGGACGGAUUACAAGAUCAGUUUGGGUGCAUCCAAUGGGCAGGGUGAUAGCAAACAUCAUGAAUACAGUGAAACCAUUCGGACACUCGACACUGACCCCAGCUUCACGCCGCUAGUGGAAGUGAAAGGAAGCACGCAUUCUACGAUCACCAUCGGGUGGGCUCCACCGCCAGCAAAUCUCACCGAUUACAUCCAAUACUACGAGCUGGUCGUAUCGCUUGCCGGUGUAAAUGCUUCCAUCAUGAAAAAGGAAGCGUUCCAUCCGCAGAAUAGCCGUAAUUUACCGUACAUGUUCGACAACCUAGCUACGGCGACGGAAUAUACCUUUCGUGUGCGGGCUUGCAGUGAGCUGACGAAGAUUUGCGGCAAUUGGUCAGAACCAGUCAACGGAACGACCAGCGAUGGACAAGCAUCGUCUCCACGGAACCUCAAAAUAAGCUGCUCGCAUCACAACAUUUCGCGUCGUAACUUUGUGCGCGUGCGAUGGGAAGAACCGGAAAUUCCAAACGGCAAAAUUAUGUCCUAUCAGACCAUCCUGAGCGGGGUCGCUAACUAUCGCUCGGAGUUUGGUAUGAUGAAGAACGAAAUCUGGGGACCGAAGAUUAAAAACAUUCACACACUGGCCACCGAGUAUGAUAAUGUACCGCCGAACACAAACUACACAGUGAACGUUACAGCCCACACGCGCACGAAACGGCCCGGUGUGGUUGCUUCGGCCACCUGUACCAUGCCGGCUACAACGCCCGACAAUCUUGGUCGCAUCAGUUGGGGCAAGUUACGCACGGACCAAGAUGACUGGAUCUUCAAGUUGUUUUUGCCACGACUUUCCGAACGGAACGGACCGAUCUGCUGCUAUAAGAUAUACCUAACGCGCAUCCACGUACACCACAACGGCUCACUGCCUGCGCCAGAGAACGCACUCAUUACGAGUUAUGCCGACGUGCAUUCAAUCAAUAACACUCACGGAGGAACGUAUCUGGCGGAGGUGUUUGCUGGUAUGAACAGCCAGACGGAGAUAUUUCUGGGCGAUGGGAAGAACAGUCCAGCGGUAGGGUUAUGUCCACAGUGUCUUCAAAUGCGGCACCCGGUGCAUCAUCCAGAACCAGAACGUUCAGCUGUUACAACAGAAUUGCCUGCUGCGAAAGAUGAUCUUCCAGCUGAUGACGAUGUGACAUCAGCGCCUGGCGGAGGACGAACGGGCAACGAAGCGGUACCAUUAGAAGAUGAACGGAAAGCGUCUUCCAAUCACGAAAAACGAGAUACGGGAAAAUAUUUCGAAGCACUGCCUCGUUUGGAGACGGUGUUCGACGGUGCUCUGGAUCCGACUAGUAAUUACACCGGUUUUCUGGAGGUUGUCGUAAAAACCGAUAGUGGUGAUGAUGGACGUGACUACGUCUCAACAUUUAGCGAUUAUUUCCAAGAAAUGAAUGCCGGCGCUCCAUCGGAAGAAGAUACGGAUGGAAACGAUAUCUCCUACAUACUGAACAUUGUUAUUCAAGUCUUACUGGCACUGAUUGCCGUUGUCGUGAUUGUGCUGAUGGUCCUCUGUUUCUUACACAAGCACGUUAGUAACAAUAUUGCGCAGGAAGGAGAAGCGAUUAGUUUGGGUGACUCUUUGAGACGCGCCCUCUGCAAUGGUGGCCGUGGUGUUAAUGCUCAUCAUCGUCAUUUGCUCGGUUCUAACAGUGCCAAGCCGCCGGUCCUUCCGCCGAUCUCGAAAGAUGAUCUCCCGAAAGCGUACAACGAAAAGCACAAAGACUCUGACUACGGGUUCCAGCAUGAAUUCGAGCUGCUACCGGACAAGUUUGCCGACCGAACCACAAAGAACUCUGACAUGAAGGAAAAUAUGCCGAAGAACCGGUAUCCUGACAUCAAGGCGUAUGAUCAGACGCGCGUGAAGCUAACCCCACUGAACGGAUUGGCCGGAUCAGACUACAUUAAUGCGAACUUUGUGAUCGGAUACAAGGAGCGGAAGAAGUUCAUCUGUGCCCAGGGUCCUAUGGAUGCAACUAUCAACGAUUUUUGGCGCAUGAUCUGGGAACAGCAUCUGGAGAUUAUCGUCAUGUUGACGAAUCUGGAAGAGUACAACAAAACCAAGUGUGCAAAGUACUGGCCAGAAAGUACGAACGAUUCUAUUCAGUACGGUGAGCUGCUGAUCACCUUCCAGUCCCUAACAUACUAUGCUGAUUAUAUCGUUCGCACACUAAAGGUCACAAAGCGGUCCGCCAGUUCUGGUGAGGAAACAUCGCGCGAGAUCAGUCAAUACCACUAUCUGGCGUGGAAGGAUUUCAUGGCUCCGGAGCAUCCACAAGGCAUUACGAAGUUCAUCAAUCGUAUCAAUUCCGAAUACUCGCUGCAGCGUGGCCCAAUAUUGGUACAUUGCAGUGCAGGCGUCGGUCGAACAGGCACGUUUGUAGCCCUCGAUACGCUAAUGCAGCAGCUACAGGAGGAGGGUCAGGUGUUUAUUUUCAACACCAUUUGUGAUAUGCGAUAUCAAAGAAAUUUCCUCGUCCAAUCUUUGAAACAAUACAUAUUCUUGUAUCGAGCCCUAGCCGAGCUGGCCUAUUUUGGUGAUACAGAGAUCGACCAAAAGUCGCUGGCAAGCACAAUUGAAGCAUUGAAACAACCGUCUUCAGAGAACGUCGAAAUAUCACGACUUGAGCUCCAGUUUCAGCGUUUAAAAGCGUUCCAAGAGGACACGCGGAAAACCACCACAAUGGGUUCGAGUGAGGAGAAUAAGCCGAAAAAUCGCUCCGAUUCGUGCAUUCCGUACGAUAAGAACCGUGUCAUACUGGCCCCUAUACCGGGGCGGGAUCAUUGCACCUACAUUAAUGCAUCCUUUAUCGAUGGUUACGAUGAUGAGAACAACUUCGUCAUCACGCAGGAUCCGAUGGAAGAAACCAUUUUCGACUUUUGGCGCAUGAUAUUCGAGCAGCGCAUCAAAACGAUCGUCAUGUUUUCAGAGAUUGGUGACGGUGUCAACAACAAGUGUCCCAGGUAUUGGGCAGACGAGGAGAUGAAGUACGAGAACUUGCUAGUGUCGUACAUCCAGAGUGAGAGUGGUCCUUACUACACGAAGCGCGAGUUUACUGUCACCAACUGCAAAACGAACGACACGAUCCACGUGACACAGUUCCAGUAUAAUGGGUGGCCCACGGUAGAGGGCGAAGUCCCAGAGGUAACUCGUGGUAUGAUCGAGAUUGUGAACCAGGCGCAGAAGCAUAGCUCUCAGCAGCAGGACAUCUUUACAAUUGCCGUUCACUGCAGUCUCGGAACGGACAAAAGUUCCCUUUUCGUUGCCAUGUGUAUAUUAGUGAUGCAGCUGAAGACGGAGAAACGUGUUGAUAUUUGCACGGUGGUGCGAAAACUUCGAGCACAACGUAGUUUAAUGAUACAGACAUAUGCACAAUAUGAGUUCUUGCAUAGGGCUAUUGUAAAUUUUGCUGAUCUGUAUAAAAUAUCGCUAGGCAUCGUAAACGAUUGUUGAUAAAAGGCAUAGAGACCGGCUCGAGGUAGUAAUUAAUAUUCGAACAAUAUUAAAGCAAACAAUAUAUUAAACAAAACACUGAACACAAAACAAAAUACAAUAUAUACGUAUCGUAAGUCGGCCAUGAGUGUAGCAAUGGUACUGAGUGAAGAUCAGUAACGAAUGUGGCUUCCUUUGAAAGCACAGGCAAAACGUGGGGGUCAGCAAGACAGAGUCAGUAACAGAAGCAGUAUAGCGUAUGCAAAGUAGGACAGAAGCAAAAGAGAUUGAAGGCUUAUUAUCUGAAACGAUUGACAAACAAGAAAGUUCCAGUAAGAGUUAAGUAGGUGGCUAGUGUGCAGGCUAUUAUGAGAGAGAAAGGUAUGAACCGAUGAACACCGAAACUUAGAAGUUUAACACAGUAAAGAAACGAUAAAACAAACCUAACAUAAUGGGGGAGCUUUGUAGCUCCUUUCAUUUUUUUGGAACAUUUUAUGUGAAGAAUGACAAUUAGGAUUAACUCUUUUUAUAUAUACCGAAUACACUGAUACCACGCGAUACAAGGAACCAACCCGACCGUUCUACAAAAGAAAAUGAAUCUGGAGGGGUGCGCGCAGAUAACAAAACAGAGACAGGAGACUAAAGUCGAUAAUUAUGAACUUUUGGUUUCGGUUAGUUUUUUGGCAAAACGAUCGCUGAUUAGCGGUGGUAAAUCAAACCUCAAUUUCAACUCAGGCCGGCCCGUAAACAGUAAUGGUAACAAAGCGAUGGAUUUUGGGUGCAUUAGACCAACAACAAUACACCUUUGCCUCUGCCGCCCAACCGUGAUAAUGCGGGGUGUGGUGAUGUAUGGGGACAUACGUGCCAUCAAUAGAGGUUUGUUAUUUCUGUUUGUAAUCUUGUUUGCCUACGACACAACGAUCGUCACAUCGCCAACAGUAGGAUUGCAAAUUUUGGUACUAGAUUGAUAUAACAAUCACUUAGCUAGAAUUGUAGAAUGUUCCCACACUGGUGACGAAAAGCCAACACAUUAUUAGGAAACACAUUUUUUGUCGUACAACAAAGCGCCGCGGUAUGCAAAUGCUUUUGCUGCCACAUAAAUCUAGUCUGAUAUGAUAACCUUACCAACACUUUCUCUGAUGUGUUGCAGCUAUAGCCUGUAACUUGCACUCACUGAAAGCAUUCCAUUACACGGUACGCCAUAUCUACAAUGGUGCGCGCAGCAU